AUGUCUGUACGUCGUUAUGCUAAGAUACAGUAUAAAGCGUCUAUUAACACAUUCAUCCAUCCAUCCGCUCAGAUCGGUACUGGAUGCAACAUUGGUGCAUUUAGUACUAUUGGGAAAGAUGUAGUUAUUGGAAACAAUACAUUUAUCAGUAGUAAUGUGACACUGGAAAAUUGUACUAUCGGUACAAAUGUUAUGAUACAUCCUGGAGUUCGAAUCGGUCAAGAUGGUUUUGGAUUUCUGCUCGAUACUAAUGGUUUUCACGUGAAAAAAGCUCAAGAAUUUCAAGUUGAGAUUCAUAAUAACGUCGAGAUUGGAGCUAAUUGUACCAUUGAUCGUGGGAGUUGGCGUAAUACAGUGAUUGGUACAGGUUGUAAACUUGAUAAUUUGAUUCAAAUUGGUCACAAUGUUCAGCUUGGGAGAGGUUGUGCCAUUGCUGCACAAUGUGGAAUUGCUGGUAGUACAACAUUAGGCACGAAUGUUCAUGUGGGUGGACAAGUCGGAAUUGCUCAGCAUUUAAUAAUUGGAGAUAAUGUUCGGAUUGCUGCGAAAAGUGGUGUUAUGAAACAUCUUGCAUCAAAUGCUACAUAUGGUGGAACCCCAGCGAUCCCAAUCAUGGAAUAUCGUCGACAAUUGAUUCAAUUGGAACGUCAAAGUCAUCCAUCAAAUACGUAG